CACAUCGUCAGUUCGUCAGUCGUUUGAAGACCGCAAUAGAAGCGCGACGUUUUCGAACGGCGCCCGAUCGCGUUUCGUAACUAUUUUACGCAAGAUAAAAUAUUUUUUCCUAUUAUUUUUAUAAUACAAAUAAAUAACAAAGAAAACUAAUACCAUAAUAGUGUAUAGUGUUUUUAUAAAUUUUUCACACAAUGUUUUGCCGGCUGAAUUUAUUUCUGAUUGGACUUUUAUGCCGAAUUGCAUCCGUGUCCCCGAUUGAUGAAAUAGAAGCCGAUGACGAGGUGCUGCAUUUGAUCGGUGAGCCGGAUUUCCGCGACGUCCGGCUGCGCUGGGAGUACGGCAGCGAGGAGGGACAGCCGCUGCUCGCCUUCCAAGUGCACUACUGCGAGCUGCAGGCCUGGGGGCAGUACAGGUGUCGCACUAAAGUAGUAGAAAAUCAUGAAAACGAAAAAGCGGGUCGCAGUCGUGCUGGCGACAUACCGACGACGACGCCGAGUGGACGACGCGGGCGUGCGUACAGCACGCACAUUUCCGGUCUGCGCAUGGCCACCACAUACUCGUUCGAGGUCCGCCCCGUGAGGCGAGACGCACGUGACUUAACUGACCCCCAGUCUAUUGGAUCCAAGAUCAUCAUUGUGCCUACUAAAGGAUUUUCAGCGCGCGCUACGCAAUGCCUGCCACACGCGAGCGAAGUAGAAGUAUCGACUGGUCCGUACUUCGGCGGGCGUAUAGCGGUAGAGGCGGCUGACGGCGGACCCGAGCGGUGCGCGCUGCAAGGCAACCCGCGCAGCGCGCAGGACGCCUACAUCCUUAGGAUACACCAUCAGGAGUGCGGCUCAGAGGUCAACGACACGACUGUCGCUACCUACGUUAUCGUGCAAGAGAAUCUUCCCAUACUAACGCAUAGCACUCGUCGAUUUCUAGUUUUGUGUACAUAUAAACCUGAAACUCUUACGGUCAGAGCUGGUAUUAAUUUACCUAAAGCCGACCCUGGAGAUGUGCUGCAUCAGACGAAGCCGAUAGGCUCCGUGGAGCCAUAUGACAAUCAGGAUAUGGACUACAAUGAUCUACAGCCGGCCAGGCUUGAAGCACGCAAAGAGGAAACUCAACAAAGUGCGUUUGGCGAAGUGUUAUUAGUGAUGUUCCUGGUAGUCGCUGCGUUUGGCGGUAUCGCGCUACUCAUAUGGAAGAUGGUGCCACAAACGGACAAAGACAACGUAUCUAUCACAACAAUGUCGUCGAUGCGCAGUAGUAUAUUCGGAAGACGGAACAGGGACAGAUUUUCAGAUAGAAGUUCCGUGUACUCAAUAACAUUGUCAGAAAAAGAAGGAACGAAGAAAAGUAACGAAGGAGACAAUACUUCGGAGGCGUAAAAUUCUAAGGUUUAUUUAUUAGUUGCACGUGUUGUGUUGUAUUAUAUUGUGAUGUAAUUAUAAUUAGGUCAAAUUAGCUUACGAAGCUUCUGAUAGAUUUAAUGUUGGCGCUAGGAACAUUAUACCUUUCGAUGCUAAAUCAACAGAUGUUUAAGAUCAAAGUAGAAAGAAGUUUUGGUGUUUAAUUACAAAUGUUUAGCUUCAUUUGAUUUACGUAAAUAUUAUAAAGAAUUUUUGUAUGCUUUGACCCGAUUAGUGGUCGAUACGACCGUUUUGUAUGUGUAAAGCGAAAAAAUUGUAUGUACAAAGAGUAUUGGAAAGAAGAUUGUAUAGUGUUUUGGUCUCAAAUUAAUUUUAAUCUUUUAUUUUAGACAAUUGGACACUUGCACUGUGCUAUGAUGGCCAUACAAAGAUAGCAUAUAAUCGUGUAUUUUAAAUUAUAUUCUAGGAUAAGAAAAAAAUGAGUG